AUGCGACACCCCCUAGUGUCGCUUGGCUCUCUUUGCCAGGGCCACUACCGUGCUACGAGACGCGGCAUUAGACGCACAUGUUUUCGCCGACAAGCUGAGCCGGGAUGGGGUAUUAAUACAGUGAGCAAUGAACUACUUCAUAAUCUCAUACCUGGACCAGUUACAGUGGUAUUACAAAGAACAAAGUUACUGAACUCUCAACUCAAUCCCAAUACAGAUCUUGUUGGAAUUCGCAUACCAGAUCAUGAUUUUAUACGUCAAGUGGUUUCCAAACUUGGAGAACCACUGGCAUUGACAAGUGCUAAUAUAAGCAUAUCUCAAAGUACACUUUGUAUUCAGGAAUUUCAAGUAUUGUGGCCAAAAUUAGAUUUAAUAUUUGAUGGUGGUGUAUUAAGCAACUGUGAAGAAUCCAGACUUGGAUCAACUGUAGUAGACUU